UUUGAUGCGUCUGAGUUCAUACAACAUUGUACUUUUAAUACUCCCAUCCUGAACUUGUCAGAGUCGGAAAUGCACUUUGGCUGUGCAUUACAUUUAUCAGUUCACAGUCACUGUGGAAUCUUUCUCAGCGCUCAGGCGGGGUUUCCUUCCUAUGUUUACCUUAAUCCCCAGCAUGCGCUUUCUAGGGUACAGACACGCAAAGCCUUGGACACCAUCUAUCAUUAGAGCUGCUGCUGAAGCUGUUCCCUUAGAAUGAAAAUAGAAUGGAUUUUUAUAGUCCAGCAAUUUUGUUUAUCAUGCUAAUUUCGCCUUGUAUUGGAACGGUAGAUCGCUGUGCAUGCUCCAAAAAUCUUAAGAUUUGUUCACGUAUCCACCAAAUGCCAGUGGACUUUCCAAGGGCUCGUGAGAUGUGCCGAGAACAAGGCGGCCAGUUAAUGACUGUCCGAUCGAAGGAAUCAGAUGAGAUUGUCGGCUUCCUCCUAGAAAAUAUGAUCGGACACUUUUGGAUAGGAUUGCAUCUCCCAGAGGGAACGUGUUCAAGUAAUACAAGUUUAUUACGCGGAUACGAAUGGACCAGCGGUGCGCAACGCACGGAAUUUACCAACUGGGCGAGCGAAAGCAUGGCCUGUUCUCCACUUUGCGUGUCCGUGUCCAGCGACAGAACAUGGGUGGGGAGAUCGUGCAGGGAAAAACUGGAUGGAUUUUUGUGUGAGAGCAAUCGAAAAAAUCAAUGCACAGGAAGUGGGUUAUCGAAUGUGGUUAUCCUGGACAAUGUGCACUGUCGGCUUUCGCCCUGUGAACAUGAUUGUAAUCCUGUGUCUGUUGGAUAUACGUGUUCAUGUAGAAAGGGAUUCCGUAUUAACGAAAAAGAUCCACGCCGCUGUGACUUUCAUUGCGCAUCAACAGUUUGUGAGGCUUUAUGUUUAAGAGAUGGAACGUCAUGCUGGUGCCCGGCUGGUUUUGUUAGAAGCGAACAAAACUGUGAGGAUAUAGACGAAUGCGAAUCGAAUCAUGGCUGUGCACAUUUAUGCCAAAACACGAUAGGGAGUUAUAAAUGUGCCUGCCUUAAUCCAUUCAUCCUUGUUAACGGAACUGAAUGCACUCUGACCCCUAGUGCAUUUGAGGGUUUCCAACCCACUUCUACACCGGACCUUGUACGCACUACACCGUUUUCCAAUUAUUUAGCCCAGGGGUCAAUGUCGACCCCAGGAGAGUUCGCUGGUCUAAUAAUAUUCAUAGUAGUUGCCGUUUUUGCUGUAUUAGUGCUUGUGCGCUAUUUGCGCAGUCGUAAAAAUCCUGUGCAAGAAUGCAGUGUUGGUCCACCAGGUUAUGCCGAGUUUCAAGAAAGUGUAUCAAAGUAAAAUAUGGCAACGUUGCUGUUUUAGCCUAUGGUUUAUGGUACCACAACCAUACAUGCAGCACCCCCCCCCCCAUAAACAGAAACAGACUAAUUGUCCCCACGAUAUUUUGUGUUUUUGGGGUCCACCUCAAUGUUCAAAGUAUGCUUACGGUCUUGUACUCCUUAAUUUUAUAAAUAUUUGGAAGAACUGUUAAGUCUGUAUGUAGCCUAUGAAAGAUGCUGUAAAAGAUUAUGAGAUUAUGCAUUGUUAAUUACUAUAAAUAUACCCACGUUA